GGUGGAACGGAGCGUUGCUAGAGCAGUGGGCAAAUAGCAGUUAGUGGUGCGGCGGAUGAUCCUAAGUUAUUUAUUUCUCCAAUUUAAUAAUUCAGAAAGACGAUACAUAUAUCCGGCAGUUCACAUGCAGCUCUCAAAUUAUUUCAAAUAUAAUAACUGGAACAUGAUACUUACAGUGACACUUCGGUGAAAAAGUUAUAAUUCGUUUAAAUUAAGCUGUGUGGUUUGGACGGUGGAUGUGUGAGAACCGGUUUCGGAUCCGCGUGUUAAUCUGUCAGUAGUGUUAAAACCGUUGACCGGCAAUAUGCAGAGGGAUAAUUCAGCAGGCCUACUAGGCAAGGAAUCUUCAAAGCACACGAUGGCGGGCGGUGGCGUGACGGGCGCGCUGCUGUACGCGGUGAGCGCCGCCGUGCUCGGCAUGCUGCAGUUCGGCUUCAACACCGGCGUCAUCAACGCUCCCCGCCCCUUCAUAGAGAACUUCAUCAGCGAACAGUACCAGGCCAGUCCCAGCUUAGUGUUCAGUAUCAUCGUCAGUAUCUUCGCUAUCGGCGGCAUGAUCGGAUGCCCCUUCGCAAGCUGGAUGCUAGAAAAGUACGGCCGUAAAAAUGCUCUUCUCGUCAACGCGACACUCGGUGUCCUCGGCGCAAUAUUAAUGGGCUUCAGCAAACUCGCGGAUUCUGUGGAAAUGAUCAUAAUCGGCAGGUUUAUCAUUGGCGUAAAUUGUGGAUUUGCUACGACUGCUUCUCCAACUUAUGUAUCUGAGGUAGCACCGGUGAGACUGCGAGGCGCUUUCGGAACAGUCAACCAACUGGCGGUCGCAUUUGGAUUGGUCGGUGCUCAGAUCUUGGGUAUCGAUAUGAUACUAGGAAGUAACGAAGGCUGGCCGUGGCUGCUUGGGCUCGCUAUAUUCCCAUCCGCCAUUCAGUUUGUGAUGGUUAUUUUUGCACCUGAGAGUCCUCGUUAUUUGCUGCUUGUCGCUCGUGAUGAGGAAAGAUCUAGAGCUGAGUUAGCUAAACUCAGAGGAACGAGUGAAAUUGACGAUGAGAUCAAUGACAUGCACGUAGAAGACCGCGCAGCCAGACAGGAAGAGAAGUUUACUAUUAAAGACUUGUUCGUCAUCAGGGCUUUGCGAAUGCCUCUUAUUAUUGGUGUUGUGAUGCACUUGUCUCAACAGUUGGGAGGUAUCAACGCUGUUCUCUAUUACUCGACGACGAUAUUCGUGGGUGCAGGACUUACGGAGGAAAAUGCUCGCUUGUCUUCAAUUGGUGUCGGCAGUAUGUUGUUCAUAAUGGCUCUGGUAUCGAUUCCCUUGAUGGACCGCUUGGGCAGGCGCACACUGCAGCUGGGAGGGCUGGCAGGUAUGGCGGUGUUCUCAGUGCUUAUGACUGUAGCAUUCUUCACGUACGAGAACAACACGACUAUGAGCAUAUUCGCCGUCAUAUUCACAUUCAUGUACGUGGCGUUCUUCGGUGUGGGUCCUAGUUCGAUCCCGUGGAUGUUGCUGUCAGAGUUAUUCGGGCAGGGUGCUCGUAGCGCGGCGGUCAGCGUGGGUGCGUUUGUCAACUGGUUGGCUAACUUCAUAGUUGGGCUCACUUUCAUCCCGAUGUCGGAGGCGCUCGGCAACUACGUGUUCCUGCCUUACACUGUCCUGCUCAUCUUAUUCUUUAUCUUCACGUACCUGAAGCUGCCGGAGACUAAGAAUAGGACGAUUGAGGAGGUAACCGCUCUCUUUAAGAAGUAAUCCGGACUAGACUUAAGCGACAUUCCUUAGAAAUAAGAAUACUGAUUGCGUCACUGCAAUAAUUUAUACAGCAUUAUUGUGAUAGAACUGUAUAAAAUUCGAUUUAAUAGAAUAAUAUAGACGACAGCGAGUGUUAUCUAUGUCCUUUCUACCAGAUUUGUAUAAAAAUGGAAAGACUGAACACAACACUUAUAUUAAUUGGAGUCGUUUAAAGAUUCUUCAUACUUGAUAUACCUAUAGAUGAAGUACUUAUUUAACAAUAAAAUACUGUAUAAAUAAGGUGAUUAUUUCCAUUUAUGACAUAUUAUGAAACACUAUUUAAAAUCAUGAUAUUAUUAAUAUUGUAGUGAAGUAUAGUAUAAAGAGUUCAUAAAUAUUCACUUAAGUAGCUAUUGUACGCAGGAGCAGUUCAAAUGAGAUAUCGUCAAGAACAACAUUUUAUUAUUAAUUUAUUGAUUAAUGUUUUGAUAUUGUUGUAUUUCCAAAGGUUUGAGGACCAAAUUGUUUAUUUUAUAUGAUUAAUUGUUGUUAAGAUAUUGUUUACAUUUACGUUUGUUUGGUGCGGGUGAAACCGAAUUUAGAUCGAUGCACUUUUUUAUAAGUAUUUUUGCGCUUUCUUAUAUUUUUUUCUACCUAUUCUAGUGCCUUACAUUUUGUUUUCCAGUAAAAUGGGGAUUAGAGCAUUUACUAAUGUACAAUAUACUGUCUAUUCCUCCAUUGAUUUUAAAAGAGGUUGACAUCCAAUGGUACAUGUGCACGGGAGCUCGAUAUAGAAUCAUAGACAAGAGUUUUUCUAGACCAGGAGUUGUAACACCUCCUUGUAUUAGAGUAAAUUAAAAAAUCUAUGCUGCCUCCCGUGUCGCCUCCUGUAAUUCACAAUUAUGUACUACAGGCCAUUACCUAGAUAUUAUAAAUAAUAAAUAUACAUAGUUCGACUCAUUAUCGUUCACAGUAAACCAUAUUUUUCCAUGAUAUUACUAUAUUAACGUGUUAGUGAAUUGUAUACAGUAUAAACAUUUACACUUUCUAUUAUAUUGUUAGGUAUUUGCCGCUUCAGGCAACUAGGGUGACCAUCUAAAAAAUCUUUAUGCACAUUCUUGAAUAUAGAAGCAAAUCGGAUUACCGUAAGAAUCCGUUAUUCAUGGACAAUGGAACAACAUCAACAUAAACGGUUAAUUAGAGUUUCAAAUUCGCCCUUAGAAAAUUUAAUUAGUUAAGGCUAAACAUGCGAUACCUCAAUAGUUGAUAAAGUUAAAAAUGCACUUUUUCUAGUAUGUAUAUAAAAAAGUAUUUUUAAAUAUAUUUUCUUCGUUUGGCUACUUCUUUCAUUCAACAACAAUAUAAUUUUUGAUUUGCACUUCGACACACAUUGUGUUUACUUGUACUCAACCGUAAAUAGGAAAUUCCCAUGACUUGUUUUAAUAUAAAUAUAAAAAUUGUAAUUCGGAAACGAUUUUUUUGUUACCCAACGUUAGUUAAACUACGCCUAGUUACCUAAUAGGUGCGUUUAGCCUAUAUGUAUUCAAAUUAGUACAAUUUACGUAAAUAUGUGAACUGUCAAGGGAAUGUUUAACACAACCGUCCCAUUGUACCUUAGUGCCAACUGUGUGUUUUACUAGAAACUUCUUUCUUUUUAAUUAGGAAAAAAUACAGCUCAAUCUUUGUCAGUA